UGCGAAGACGGACGCUCACUGGUAUGCGCCUGGACAGGAGUGCGCGGACGCUGCGUGAUGACGCCAGCGGCGCGGUCGCCAUCCCGGAAGCGCAAGCCAGGCCGCCAGAUGUUCAGGCAUCAGAGGCCGAGGAGAAAGAGAUGGACCCCCCAGACUCGGCCUCAAGGGUCUUCUGUGGACGCUUCCUCAGCAUGGUGAACACUGAUGACGUCAAUGCCAUCAUCCUGGCCCAGAAGAACAUGCUGGACCGCUUCGAGAAAACCAACGAGAUGCUCCUGAACUUCAACAGCCUGUCCAGCGUGCGGCUGCAACAGAUGAGCGAGCGCUUCAUGCACCACACACGCACCUUGGUGGACAUGAAACGGGACCUGGACAGCAUCUUCCGCAGGAUCAGGACACUGAAGGGGAAGCUGGCCCGGCAGCAUCCAGAGGCCUUCAGCCACAUCCCAGAGGGUUCAUUCCUAGAGGAUGAAGAUGAAGACCCCAUCCCACCCAGUAUCACCACAACCAUUGCCACCUCGGAGCAGAGCACGGGUUCCUGUGAUACCAGCCCUGACACUGUCUCGCCAUCCCUCAGCCCUGGCUUUGAGGAUCUGUCACACAUGCGACCUGGUUCUCCUGUCAUCAACGGCCACAGCCAGACAGACGAGGAAGAGACACGUGGAGAAUAGCCCCUCCCCUCCAUCCCAGAAAGGCUCGGGGCAGCUGUGGACCUUCUGGGGUCACAACUGGUUAGUUUGCUGCCCCAUCCAUCACAGGCAGGUCCCUAAACUCCUGCCAGCACAGGCACCCCGGCUGGGGCGGUGGGGCUGGGUCCAGGGAACCCUGAGCUCCCCUGGGUCAGCUUUGAACAGUGCUUCUAAGUCCCCGUGGUCUGCUGGGCCCACUGGAGGCGGAGGGUGCCAGCAGGGCUGAGCUUGUCCCUGCCCACUGGCAGCUGCUCUCUGCCCUCUGUGGAGGACUUCUUUUCUUGUCAUGUUGGAUUCUGGAGGAGUAGAAGGUUCCAGAGAGCGUGGCAGCCAGACCUGGGGAGUUGUGUUUCUCACAGAUCCAGCAGGUGUCUCCAGAGCUGGCCAGCCACUUUAGAAAACAGCCAAAUGGAAUAUUUUUGUACCCGAUGUUUACAGAUGUUGGGAAGUUAUCAAUAAAGACUCUGUUAUGAAAAAGGAACACUGCACAAGCAGUGGCUUGCUUCU